AUGGCCCACCCUUGGAGCGGCAUGGUUAGCCGCAGUCGCGCCAACAGCAUAUUUGACGAAGACGUAGAUCAAACCUCUGGCGGAGGCGGUAGACCUGCCAAGCUGAAGAAGUCGGCGUCGAUGACUUCACUGCUCAGCGUGUUCAGCCGCAAGGGCCCUCUCGACGACGAGGAUGAUGUCCCUCCAGUCCCAAAGAUUCCGGCGGAGUACGCUAGUUCAGGCAGAGUCGCGACCGUGGAGAACUUUCCAGCUUUUACCGACAACUACACCAGCUCUGAGCUAGACUCGGAGAGUGCCAUCGACAGCGAUGUGAAUGAUAAGUCUGUCUGCUGCGGCUGCAUUGCUCCAGCAGCGACCCUCGAAGACCUCUCCCCCAGGCGAGUAUUAACCAUGCGUCAAAUUGCUGACUGUGUGAUACAGAAACAGACACCAUGGCCCAAAGUAAAGAAGUCGUUCAAGUCGCUUCGGAGUCUUACAGCGUCCAGCAGCGCUAGACCAACUUUUCUGACCGACGAGAGCCCCCAGCAGCCCCACACGGCUCCCCUUCAGCAAUCGACGUUCACAAUCCGAGGGGACUCGGUCUCGACGGGAAACUCGGUCUCGACAGGAAACUCGGUCUCGACAGGAAACUCUCACGAGGAGGAGGUCAUCGAUGCUCGUCAAUUCCUCGACUCCACUCAUGAUCCCCUCGACUCGACUCCAAGACUGCAGACGCAAGCUAGCAUGCCAAGUCUUCGCUCGGCGCGCACCAGAGCUAAUACUUCGCAAGCGUCGCAUGAGGUCGAACUUGGUGGCCAGUAUGAACUUCGCAAUGCUGUGUUCUCGGGCGUCGGCCAACAAGCGCCCCCGGACGCUCGUCAGUAUCGGCGCCCCGCCAAAAUCAAGGAUGGCCCGGGUGACUUCCUAAUUGCGAAGACUGGAGCACCUGCGAUGCCUCAUUCAGACGUGGCAGACAUAGACCCAGAGUACUGGGAAUCGGCUGUGGCAUACGUCAGGCGGCAAGUCUUGGAGGAAGAAGCCCGGGAGGCACGGGAAGCAAUGCGAGCAGCGGGCCAGGACUCUUCACCAGAGAAGCGCAACGAGCUGAACGGAGAAGCACGAAAGAGACGGAUUAUGAUCGGCAGGGACUGGAUAAAGCGGACCAGCCGCGUGGAUUGGCCAGAUGCAUGGCCUGACCAGAUAGAGCCCGAAGAUGCAGCGGCAGCCUACAAUGCGGUGGCUGACUUCCACAAAACCGGUGCCAACGAGAGCGAACUGAAGCGGCUCGUCCGCGGUAUCUUGAAGAAGCUGUUCAAGGGAAAGUCGACGCCAACAGCUCCAAACCCCAACCUGUCCAACCCCGGCUCAAAGGGCAAGGAGCCAAGCAAGCCUCCCACUCCGAAUCCAUCGACUCCGCCAUUCUGGAGGGCCGAAAAGCAGCACAAUGUUGUGAAGUCAAGCAGACUGCCGCAGCCCUCUUCUACUCCUUCAAGUGGUUUCUCUAGGCCGCCAAACCCUCGUACCGCCAGCACCCAGAGGAAGAACGUAGAGGCCCAGUCCUCCCCACUCACGGCAGAGGAACACACUCAGGUCGCCAAAGACCAAGGAUCAGCGAAAGAAGAUGCGACUAGCAUCACGCAGGCCACGAGAGUCCCUCCAAGCGGCCUGCCGUAUUUGAACAGGCUGAAGACGCCCAAGCCAAAUAACACAUACUCGCCGCGUUUUGGCCUCAACAUCCCGGGCAGCACAACUAACCGCGAUAUCUCUUUCGAACACGAAGCCUCGCCCGACACGCAAGACAGUCCUCAGCCCGACCGCAUUGACUCGCCGCGAGUGGGCACUCCUUCGCAGUCCUUUAGCACGCUCUCCUUGAACGCCAAGAGGUCCUCAAGCACUCUGGGAUCAUCUAACCCACAGCGCAUUAUUGACUCUCCACGCUUGGUCAAUCCUCCACAGCGUCCACCGGCAAGCAGUAUAUCGUCUGGCACGUCUUCAUUGAGCCAGAAAGUUUCUGCCGACACCCUGAAAUCGCAACAACCACAACGCACCAUUGACUCGCCACGUUUUGGCAACCCUCCACAGCGUCCAUCGGCAAGCAGCAUGUCGUCUGGCACGUCUUCAUUGAACCCCAAGGCACUGUCAAACACACCGAGAUCAGAUCAGCCACAACGCACCACUGACUCGCCACAUUUGGCCAACCUCCCACAGCGUCUGCCACCAGGCAAGACAUCAUCUGGCUUGCCUGCUCUGAGACAUCAGACAUCGUCGCACGCGAUGAUCACGCCGCAGCCGCCACGAGUCUGGUCGCCACCCUCAAGCGACCCUCCAAAUCGUCCGCUGCCAGAUCUGCCGCCAGGAGUUCCACCAUGGUCGGACAAGCGAGGGCGAAAAGCCAAUCGUGAGCGUGCCGCUGGUAUGAUCCCUGGCCAACAUCAACCAAGGCCGAAGAUUCAAGGAGAAGGUGUUGGGCUUGGUCUCCAUCUUGGUACACCGAUUUUGCCGUCCCUGGAAGCGAAGACUUCGUCGCCGUCGAGUCAACCUCCCAGCGGCUUGCACUACCCCGAAGCGAAGACUUCAACACCUUCGAGUCAGUCUCCCAAAGACUUGCGCUCUCCGGCAUCGAUGACCUUCUCACCAUCAGGCCGAUCUGCAAAUCACUUCCCAGCCCAAGGCACGAGGAAGCCAUCGCCCUUGACUCCAUCUCUCGACUCCCCGUCGUCCUUGCAUGUGUCAAAGCGUGCUACUGCGAGUGAUGCGCCAGGCACCUUGGCAUCUCCAGCCGCGGGGCAGACACCCUCUAGGCCACUUGCACCGUCUGCUAAAGCUGCCUCGUCUAGCCAACCACAACGAGUACCACCGGCACUGCAACAAGGUGGCCAAGCAGGUGAUUUGCACAAGUACCGAAGUGCGACUGAGGGUACUCCGAGUCCGUUGAAUCCGGCGAGUCCAUCGACUGCAUUUAGCUCUGCCGAUGCUUCAUCUGGGCUCGGCAUACGCAGCGCUGUUUCCGAAAACAGUAUGUUGGCGCCAUAUGCGCGGGACGGCCCGAUCGCUGGCUUAGAUUUGGAGAGAAUCGAAACAAUCCGUCGCCAGCGUCUUCUUCAGAUGCCGCCCACCGACAGCAACCCCGCGGCACGCACCUUCACCAACAACAGCAUGGCCGGCCGCAAUCCGGGGUCGGAAUCAGGCCUGCCUCAGUACGAGGGCACUUUCAGUCCGCAGAUGGACCUCGACCUCCACGAGGGUGCGACCGACCCCUACGCAGAUGACGAGCCUGAAAUGGACCCAACCCCCAGCAAGCCUCCAGCGCUACCACCACGACGCGACUUUAGCGCAGGCACAGACGACGAUCCGAAGCAGACCAUGAAGAAUGCUAGAGACAGAGCACAGGACAAGAUCACUCGGCUCAAUCUGAAGCACCCGGCCUUUCGUGAGGCCCAUGAGCGGGUGCCGUCGCCACCGCUACUGCAUGAUCCCGUGACCUCCUCCCGCAAUACCCCGCGCCUGCACACGGAGGCGCCUACUGCUUUGCCAGCUACUCAGAACGCUGAGGCUGCUCAGGUGUCGGAGGGAUAUCAGGAGCUUCGUCGCUCUCUGCAGUUGCCACCAGUCGUGGCUAAGCAGCCAAACGAAGUCAAGCACCCAAACCACGAGUACGCCUGGGGCACUCUUAACACCAUGUGCAAGGGCAUCCACAUCACACAGGUGCCAUCCGCCGUCAACGCGACCGACAAUGCCACGAUUGUCUCCAUUACGGUCUGCAAGACGUGCGGCCGAGAGUGCUGCUUCUUUGCCAAUCGCGUCAUCACCUACGACAGCAAGCGCGGUGACGCGUUCUUCGGCGCUGAAGCUGAGCGAGCCAAGGCCAUGUACGAAGAGCUUGUCAGCCUCUACCCUGACGGCAUCGAGCCAUGGAACACUCUCUUGCGCUGCAUUCGGUGCGCCCAGGCCUUCUGCCCCGCAUGUGGCACCACCUGCUCGGCCGACGGCUGCAUGCGUCCUCUGUGCGAGGGCUGUGCUCCUAUCGACGACGGCGCGUGUCCUCUCCACGAGCGACAGGGCCCUGCUUUCUUUUGA